GAGUAUAAAGCGAGCGACACGCUGGCUUGGGCACCAGUGUGCUCCUUCUGCUCCUGCUGUUACUUCGGUGCUGACAACAGUGACGACGAUGCGUGUCCUGGCCGUGCUGUGUGUGCUGGUGCUGAUGGCCGCCGCCGUGAUGGCUGCUGGCGGACAGGGUGGCUAUGGCGGAGGCUUAGGCUACGGUAGCUAUGGCCCAGGCGGAGGCUACGGUGGCUAUGGCCCAGGCGGAGGCUACGGUAGCGGAGGCAGAGGCUUAGGCUACGGUGGCUAUGGCAAAGGCGGAGGCAACGGUGGCGGAGGCAGUGGCCUCGGUGUCGGAGGCGUGAGUGACAUGGACGGAACCGGAGGCUUCAAUGACGGAACCUUCGUUAGCGGCGCCCGAGGCCCCAUUGGCGGCGGCGGAGGCUUCGGUGGCGGAAGCUUCGGUACCGGCAGCGGAGGCUUCGGUGGCGGCAAAUCCGGCGUCAAGGACGACAACUAAGGCUGAAACGACACACUCGACACCCCCGAGGACCUGCACUGCCCUACUGGUGACGAUGGCGGCGGCGGCGGCAAAGCAAAUGUAUAUGGAAAUAAAUUGGACGAGGAAUAAAACCACUUAAAUUUG